CACCCAAGUAAAAUAUCCCAUUAUUAAAACAAAUAAUAAAAAACCCCCCCUUCCCCUCUCUCUUUCCCUCCCCCCUCUCUAAAGCUAUACAUUCGUCGUUCAGUACUGCUUGCUGCACUAAAAGUCCUCAUUUUGAUUACCGAAACGACGACGACGCGCUAUGGCUUCUCAAGGAAAGAAACUCAUUAACGACCCUAACGAUGUUGUAACUGAGUUCAUUGAAGGUCUUGUGGAAACCUACCCUGGAUUACAGUACCUGGAUGGCUUUCCGGAGGUUAAGGUUGUGUUACGUGCUGAUCAUGCGAGUGCUAUGCUUGACAAAGUUGCGAUUAUAUCAGGAGGAGGAAGUGGGCACGAACCUGCCCAUGCUGGAUUUGUCGGAGAAGGGAUGCUAAGUGCUGCUAUCUGUGGAGAAGUUUUUACUUCCCCCCAAGUUGAUGCAAUUCUAGCUGGUAUCCGAGCUGUAACUGGUCCGAUGGGAUGUCUUCUGAUUGUCAAGAAUUAUACUGGCGAUCGUCUAAAUUUUGGUUUGGCUGCUGAGCAAGCAAAAUCUGAAGGUUAUAAAGUAGAGACUGUAAUUGUUGGAGAUGACUGUGCUUUACCUCCACCUCGAGGCAUAGCUGGACGAAGAGGGUUGGCGGGGACUAUUCUUGUUCAUAAGGUUGCUGGAGCUGCAGCUGCUGCUGGCCUUUCUCUUGAUGAAGUUGCUGCAGAAGCGAAACGUGCAUCUGAAAUGGUUGGAACAAUGGGUGUUGCAUUGUCAGUCGGUACACUGCCUGGUCAGGUUACAUCAGAUCGUUUGGGCCCAGGAAAGAUGGAACUAGGUCUUGGAAUUCAUGGUGAACCUGGUGCUGCUUUAGCGGACCUUCAGCCUGUCGAAGUGGUGGUUUCUCAUGUUCUUCAACAAAUUCUAUCACCGGAGACUAACUAUGUCCCAAUUACUCGCGGCAAUAGAGUGGUACUCUUGGUCAAUGGACUAGGCGCCACCCCUGGUAUGGAGUUAAUGAUUGCAGCAGGAAAAGCAGUUCCUCAGUUGCAGCUUGAACAUGGAUUGGCUGUCGAUAGAGUGUAUACUGGAUCUUUUAUGACUUCCCUUGAUAUGGCAGGAUUCUCAAUUUCCAUAAUGAAGGCAGAUGAACCAUUUUUGCAACGAUUGGAUGCUGCUACCAAGGCUCCAUACUGGCCUGUUGGAGUAGAUGGUAAUCGCCCACCUGCCAAGAUACCUGUUCCACUGCCACUGUCUCAUUCAGCAAAGAGUGAUGAGUCUUUAAGUCGGCCGCAACAGCUUAGUGAACAAGGGCAUCUUCUUGAGGUGGCUAUUGAAGCAGCAGUGAAUGCGAUCAUUGAUCUUAGGGACAAUUUAAAUGAAUGGGAUGGCAGAGUAGGUGAUGGUGACUGUGGAUCAACAAUGUAUAGGGGUGCAACAGCAAUUCUAGAGGACAUGAAGAAGCAUUAUCCCUUGAAUGAUGCUGCAGAAACAGUGAACGAAAUUGGAUCAUCUAUCAGAAGAGUUAUGGGAGGAACCAGUGGAAUUAUAUAUACCAUAUUCUGCAAGGCAGCUUGUGUGCAGUUGAAAGCAAACACCCAGUCAGUUGUCGCAUCGAAACAAUGGGCUGAAGCACUUGAAGCUUCCAUAGCUGCAGUCAGUAAAUAUGGUGGCGCUAGUGCUGGAUUUCGCACAUUGUUAGAUGCCCUUAUUCCAGCUUCAGCUGUUCUUCAGGAGAGGCUAAAUGCCGGGGAUGAUCCUUGCACUGCUUUUCUUCUCUCAUCUGAAGCAGCAGUGGCUGGAGCCGAAUCAACCAAACACAUGCAAGCACAGGCUGGUCGCUCAACAUACAUCUCCUCAGACAUUCUUGCCACCGUGCCUGACCCUGGGGCCAUGGCUGCAGCUGCAUGGUAUAGAGCAGCUGCCAUAGCUAUCAAAAACAACUACCAGCUUCAUGAGUAGAUUGCAUCCGCUUUUCUCUCCAAUUUGAACUCCUUUUCACUGCAGAUUUAAACAAAGAGCUAUUUUUUCCUCAUGAUUGUAUGCUACAGCCCAACUAAUCAGGCUUUCCGCUUUUGCAAAUUUUGCUCGCAUAGCUCUGAGAGAGAUUUUUAUCCAUACCGUCUUAAAAUCUCUAGAAAAAUUUAAAUUCCAGAGAUUGAUCAAAUCUUACAAGAGAUGACAGUAAUAUGUUUCCGGACUGUUUACAAUACCAGUCACAGGAAUUUAGACUUUUA